GGAUUAAAAAUGAAUAAAGCGCUAUCAGUUUUCUUUCGAGCUUUUGUUAUUUUGUUGGGAGAAAUUUUCACUGCAUUAUUUCGUUUUAUGCUUUGCAUAAGAAAAGGACGUAAAAAUAUCAAAGGAGAAUUAGCAUUAGUGACUGGCAGCGCAAGAGGCUUAGGAAAAGCUAUAGCAAUCAGACUAGCUCAAGAAGGUUGCAAUCUUGCAAUCUGUGAUGUAAAUAUAGAAGAAGCACAAAAAACUAGUGAAGAACUACGAUCAAAAUUUAAAAUAGAAUGUAAAGCUUUUAAGGCUGAUGUCUCAGAUACUCAACAAGUUACAACUCUUUAUAAUGAUAUUGCUAAAACAAUGGGAACAGUUGAUAUUUUGGUGAAUAAUGCUGGCAUUUUGGCACCGCUUGGAAUUCUUGAAGGAGAAGAUUCAGAUGUAUUUAGAGUCUUAAAUGUGAACUUGGUAUCACACUUCUGGAUGGUAAGGAAAUUUUUACCAUCUAUGAUUGAGCAGAAGCGAGGUCAUAUUUUAGGUAUCUGUUCUUCUGCUGGGAGACAUACUCUUCCACUUAGUGUAGCUUAUUGUGCCAGUAAGUUUGGAACAACUGGAUUCUAUCGCUCAUUGUAUGCUGAUCUUUGCAUGUAUGAAUACAAUAAGUUCAUUAAGGUAACAAGUGCAUAUCCUGGUUUUAUCAAUACGCGAAAUGAUUUAGAAAAGUUCUUGGAUGACACAAGUGAACUUAUUCCAAGAAUUGAACCUGAUUAUGCUGCAGAAAAAAUAGUCAAUGCGAUGCUUUUUGAGAAACAAGAAAUUUUCUUUCCAUUCUUCUAUCGUUUUAGUGCAGUUUUUGAGCGAAUUUCACCACCUAAAACAUUGCGUUUUGUAAGAGAAAUGCUUUCCAAGCAAGCUACUGGUCUUAUUGAAGAUAGAGUCAGUAUAACUAGAAAAUAA